AUGGCUCUAACCCAUUCCUCCUCCGCCACCUUCCUCCUCCUCUUGUCAUUGUCAGUCAUUGCCUCUGCUGGCGGUUACGGCUAUGACCAAAAGCCAGAUACAACCAAGCCAAAUUAUACUUACAACCCAAAACCACAGCCAGACACUUCCAAACCCAAGUAUAGUUAUGACCCAAAGCCACAGCCAGACGUUGUCAAACCAGACCUCCACAAACCAUAUUACGACUCCAAUCCGAAGCCAACCCUCCCCAAACCAAAAUUCACAGAACCAAAACCAGACAAUGGGUAUGACUCAAAACCAUACCUUGGCCAGCCAACCAUCCCCAAACCAGACACUGCCAAGCCAAAUUAUGGUUAUAACCCAAAACCAGAAGUUCCCAAACCGAAAUUGACAAUGCCAAAACCCAACUAUGGUAAUGACCCGAAACCAAAGUUGAUCGUACCCAAACCAGACACUGCCAAGCCAAAUUACGGUUACAACCCAAAACCAGAUGUUCCCAAACCAAAUUAUGAAUAUGUUCCAAAACCAAAGAUGACUGUACCAAAACCCGAUCAUGGUUAUGUCGACCCAAAAGAAAAGGUUUAUGAUCAACCAAAGUCAACUACACCAAAGCCAGAGAUUAUCACGCCACAUGAUGGGUAUGCCCAAAAACCAAAGUUAUACAUACCAAAACCAAGUAAGGACACACUGGACUAUGAGUAUAGCCCAAUCGGCAUAGAAGGUUUUGUCCUCUGCAAACAAGGCUCUAACUAUACCCCUAUUGAAGACGCUGCUGAUCAAUGA